AUGGAGUCUGAGAACAAUAACCUGGACUGGAUAGAAGACGGGACACACAGCCUGCUGGAGAAGCCAGCACCUGCAUACUCCAACGCGACCGUGCGCAGAGCCUUCAUAGUGUGGUUAUAUUGUGGUCAAAAAAACAAGUUCCGGGAUGUCUGCAACUAUUAUCACCGCCUUGAAGCUCUGGAGGCCACACUACCACCAGAACAGCGUUUUGCGAGCCGCAGCAGAGAGCUCGAGAUGUUCAUCAACAGACCGCGUACAACAUCUUGCUUGCGGAAAUACUUCCCUGAAUUAUACACAGAACAUCCACCCGAUCCCUACUACAUAUCUAAAGUCGAAUCUAUUACAAACGAAAGAUGUGUCUUUAAGCUCGAGGGUUUCCACGACUACAAGCAGACCGGCGGCUCGCGUCGCGAAAUCUUCGAGGUGAGCAAAAUGGUGAGGCAGUACUGCCGAUCAAAAUCUAUCACGCUCAGAAAAUUCCUCGAAGAAUACCGUCAACACGAGAAAAGGUGCAAUAUCAAGGGGACCAUGUGCAGCAUGGCUUCAUACAUCAAGAAGAAGCAGGUGGAGGCAGAAUUGGAACUCGUAGAGAACAUCCCCACAAGUUUCAGCUUCUUGGAUUGCUCUUCUGACUCCGGAAUUGAGACGAUGUCUGACGAGAAACCUUUGGAAAGUCAGCAGCUCAAAAUGAUUUUGGGUGUUAAUCCAACUAACACCCAAAAGCCAUUCGUUAGCCCGCCUCUCAGCGAAAACCGAUUCGUUAGUCCAACUAACACCCUACAGCAAUUCGUCAAUUCAAAUUAUACUCGAAAGCUAUUUGUUAUUCCAACUAACACCCAAAAGCUGUAUACUAGUCCGACUAUCACCCUAAAAAAUUUGGUUAAUCCAACUCACAUUCCGUUUUCAAAUAAAGUAGAUUCAACUGACAAGUGCGAUACAAACACGAGUGCAUCUUGCGCCGAAUUCUUCAAGUUGUUCCAAAAUAAAAGUGGCCUCGAAGAAAGAUGCAUGUCCUUUACAAAUAUACCGCUCACUUUCGAAGAUUUUGCAAAGGCUUUAAACAUGAACCAUGUUAAAUCCAAGUCUGUAGAGAGUGUCAAUAGAAAUAUUUUGACAAAUAAAGCCUCCAAACGUAACAAGGAUAAGAAUAGAUCAUAUAUAAAAGUGUCUGGUUUAAUUCAAAUGGAAACUGAUUCUCCGGUAAGAAAACCUAACUUGUACCCGAUAAGCAAGAAAUUAUUUCAUUCACCAUUGAAUGAGAAUAGUUCAGAAACUAGCACAAGCACCCAGAAUUCCUCACCAAAAAACAGAAAGGCGAAAAAGAGAAAGCACGUGCUUUUGAAUGACUCAACGGAGAAAAUAAAGAAAGUGUACAUCACCGAAUGUGACAGAGAUGGCGACGGUGAAGGAAUGAGAAAGAAGGUUUUGAUCAGUCUGUUUCAUAAUAAGGAAUAUUUCAUGGAGUUUGGUAGCUGA